AUGGCGAACACCAACAAGUACUCGGUCCUCCUUCCCACUUACAACGAGCGUCGCAACCUGCCCAUAAUAACAUGGCUCUUGGCUAAGACGUUCGAGGAGAACAAACUCGACUGGGAACUCAUCAUCGUCGACGACGGCUCCCCCGACGGUACCCAAGAAAUCGCCGCCCAGCUCCAAAAAGUCUACACCCCCCAGCGCAUCCAAAUCCGCGCCCGCGCUGGUAAACUCGGACUCGGAACCGCCUACGUCCACGGCCUGCAAUACGCAACCGGUAACUUCGUCAUCAUCAUGGACGCCGACUUCUCGCACCACCCCAAGUUCAUUGCGCCCAUGAUUGCGCUGCAGAAGACCAAGAACUACGACAUCGUCACUGGUACACGGUAUGCGGGGGAUGGUGGUGUAUUCGGCUGGGAUCUCAAGCGCAAGUUUGUGUCUAGGGGUGCCAAUCUAUUUGCGGACACCGUGCUCAGGCCAGGCGUGAGUGACUUGACAGGUUCGUUCAGGUUGUACAAGAAGGAGGUGCUCCAGAAGGUUAUUCGUAGCACCGAGAGUAAGGGGUAUACUUUCCAGAUGGAGAUGAUGGUUAGGGCAAAGGCGAUGGGAUGCACGGUCGCGGAGGUACCGAUCUCGUUUGUAGACCGUCUUUAUGGCGAGAGCAAGCUGGGUGGUGAUGAGAUUGUGGAGUAUGCCAAGGGUGUGUUGGCGCUGUGGAUGAAGGUCUAA